CCAAAAUUCCAAACAAGAAUUCCAUCCCCGAAACCUCAUUUCAGCCUUCGGAGCUUUGACCCGCUAACCCACCAUUUUCUCUCUUCUCCCAUUGAACGGAGAAGAAGGAGAGAGCCAGAGCAGCCAUGGCCAUUUGCUCCACCAGAUGUCUCUUCACUCUCUUCAUACUUUCAGCCAUUCCUAUCGCAUUUCUCAUCUCUCUCGAGCUCGCUAAGCCCCCUUCCCAUGUCUAUUACUAUCACAGCACCGGCUUCUUCAGGGAGUGCGCCAAAUGGGACGAUCUCGGCCGUCGGUUUUUGGUUGGUUUCAUGGACGGUGGUAUCGGCCAGGUUUCCGUUCCCGAGAAUCACUCGCCGGAUGCCGUUCUCGAAGAAGUUCCGGUGAUCAAAGAUGCUGAGUUGCAGGGGAAUGCUUCUCUUGGGAUUUUCGUUGACCGUCCGAGAAAUCGGCUGCUCGUGGUCGCCGCGGAUUUGCUUGGCAACAAGUACAGCGGACUUGCGGCCUAUGAUCUCUCAUCUUGGAAGCGGCAAUUUCUGACUCAUCUUAGUGGUCCGAAUGAUGAGAAAUCCUUUGCGGAUGAUGUUGCCGUUGAUUCCGAAGGCAAUGCAUAUGUGACGGAUGCGAAAAACAACAUAAUAUGGAAGGUUGGAGCCGAUGGCAAGUUCAUAUCUAUCAUCAAAAGUCCGCUAUUCAUCUCCAAGGAUUGGUACAAAAACAUUGUUGGUUUAAAUGGCAUAGUUUAUCACCCAGAUGGAUUUUUGUUAGCUAUUCAUACAUUUAGUGGAAAUCUAUACAAGAUAGAUUUGGUGAAGGGGGAGGAAGUUAAGUUGAUCAAUGUAAGUGGAGGCAAUCUUGUGUUUGGAGAUGGCCUAGAGCUACUUUCUCCAACCAAACUUGUAGUUGCAGGGAACCCUGCUGGAAGAUUGGUGGAAAGCAGAGACGGGUGGAAAACCGCUUCGUUGGUGUCGACAUGUUCGGGACUGAAGCAUCGGUUGGCCACGGCUGCAACCGUGAAGGAUGGGAAGGUGUACCUCAGCCACAUGUUCGGAAUCGGGUAUCCAAAGAAGAAGCAUGCUCUUGUAGAGGCAGUUUUUUCUGCAUAGGAUGAUUUUUUGGUAGGAGAGAAGAGUUGAUGCAGGUUGAGAAUACAGAAGAAAAUUAUGUUAUUCUGUUUGUUUGAGCUUAUAUUAUAUUGUGUUAGGUUGUGUUACUUUCAAUUUGGAGAUUGUGUAACCAAUGUUCAUGAAACAUGCUUUGUUUUCAAUUUGGAUUUCAUUUUCUAAUUAA